CGACCUUCUGUCUGUGGGACAAGACAAAGGAAUUUGAGCGAGCAGCGAAUAACAGAGGGAGAGAGAGAGCAAAAGAUGGAGAAAAAGAGUGUGAGUUUGGAGGGAAAGAAGGUGAUAAUGGUACCGUACAUGGAAGCACACGUACCCAAGUACCAUGAGUGGAUGCAAGACCCGGCUCUCCUUGAAGCCACCGGCUCUGAGCCCCUCACCCUUGACCAGGAAUUUCACAUGCAGCUCUCCUGGACCCAAGACCCCCACAAGCAGACUUUCAUUGUAUUGGAUAAGGAGAUGCUUGUUGGAGAGUUCACUCAUGGAGACCCCCAUGUUGAAGCCAUGGUUGGUGAUGUGAACCUAUACAUGAACGACUUGGAUGAUCCCCAUAUGGCAGAAAUUGAAAUAAUGAUAGCUGAACCGAAAAGUCGGGGUAAAGGACUUGGAAAGGAAUCUGUCUUGAUUAUGAUGGCCUUUGCAGUUGAGAACUUAGGGAUCCACAUCUUCCGCUCUAAAAUUGGAGAUUCAAACGGAGCAUCUCUUACCUUGUUCCAGAAAUUGGGAUUCGAAGAGACUUCUUAUAGUGAAAUAUUUAAAGAGGUGACUUUGGAGUUACAAGUAACAAAGCCCAGGCAUGAGGAACUGUUGAAUUUGCUGGGUAAUGUCGUCACACAUACAUAGCCCUAAUGAACAUGACUGUUCACUUCAUUUAUCUGUAUUAGAAUAAGCUUCUGUCAGUUAUUACUUAUCAAAAAAAAAGAAAAAGAAUAAGCUUCUGUCAGUGUUUAUGCACGUUUGGACCAUAAAUAGGUUAAAACUAUUCAUCUUGUUAAAAGGAUGGUUCACUUGAAUGUAGGAAUUAUUGAUAGAUCAUUUUUGCUAAUUUGUGAGUCCUAUUCUUUUUGUCCUUUGA